UAUGUCUAUUUCUUCAGUGCGUAAUAGUCCUCGAUAGGGUUACCAUCGAUAAGUGUGUUCAUUUUCAAACUGCCCUCAAAUGAGAGUCAAAAUUAAAAUGACAAAUUUAAGAACAUUGUUGAUCGUUAUAUGUGUAAUCGCAGGUUUACAAUUACAAAUCUACUGUGAUGGUCAACAGUUGGGAAUUAAAUCGUUGAAUAUAUUAAAGAAACCAUCUGAAAAUAUCAAUAGUUUUAUACAAAAGAGUUCUACAGAUGAUACAAAAAGUAAUUCUUUACUUAAAAAUAUUAUCAACACAGGAUCACAGACGAUAAAUGGAGUACAGAAUAUCACUGGUACGGCCAUUAAUAAGACAAUGGAAGAUUGUCUUACAUCGGCUGGUUGUACCAAAGCAAGUUUAAAUAAAAUACCAAAUAUAGCAAGCGGAUUGAUAGAUUGGUCGAAGUCAUCUAUAGAAGAUGUUAUCACUAAAGCAAAAUGUAUUAUACCCAAAGACGCAAAUAGUAUUACUAGAGCUGCUCUCCUCCAACAAUGUUUAUCCCCUAGCUUCGGGAAUGGUAAUGAAACACGAUGCUUUGAUGGGCUCGGUUGUUUCCCUAUGGACAACCCAUGGACUUCACUUUUAAGACCGUUACCCAUGCCUAUGACACCUGAUGAAAUAGGAACCAAAUUAUAUUUGUACACAAGAAAUAAGCCAGAGCGAUACCAUGUUAAUCUUUGGCCUGAUAUAUCAAUAGAAGGAUCCGACUUUAAUUCAAAAAGGCCUUAUACAGUAUUCAUAACGCAUGGAUAUAUACACAAUGGUAACGAAUCAUGGCUUUCUGAUCUCAAAGAUUCAUACUUAAAACAACGUGAUGCAAACGUAUUUUUAGUCGAUUGGGGUAGGGGUUCAUUUCAUCUUAAUUACUUGCAAGUAGCUUCCAAUACUAGGAUUGUUGGCGCAGAAUUGGCCAGAUUUGGAAAAUACUUGACUAAACAACAAGGGCUAGAUCCUUCAAAAGUUCACUUGAUGGGUCACAGUUUAGGAGCUCACAUAUCUUCUUACUUUGCAAAGAACUUUCCUGGUGUUGGUAGAAUAACUGGUUUUGACCCCGCUCAGCCUGGUUUUGAAGGAUGUCCAAAAGAAGUUAGAUUAGAUAAGAGUGAUGCUGAACUUGUAGAUGUAAUUCAUACUAGUUGUCGUCCAUUUAUUCCAUUUUUAGGUUUUGGGCUCAUUGAACCAGUGGGUCAUGUGGACUUAUACAUGAAUGGAGGAGCAUUCCAACCCGGAUGCGUUGCACCCCCUUUCGAAAGGGUUAAAGUUCAAAGUAUUGCAGAUUUGGCUGUUGUUCCUAUAUUUGUUUUAGGAGAAUGGAUUGCCUGUUCACAUGGACGAUCUUUUCUUUAUUACAACGAAGCGGUAAUGUCCAAUGAAAAAUGUACGGUUUGGGGACGUAAAACUAAUCUUAUAUCUGGCAUUACAAACGUUGUAACAAAUGGACAAUUGCAACCAAUUACAUCUCUGUUAAAAAAAUGUUCUCUGGAAGAUUGCAUUCCUUUAGGCUUAGAAAUUGAUCAAUAUCCAGCCAGAGGUGUAUUCAGUGCCUCUACUAAUAUAUUUACACCUUUCUGCAGCGUACAUAAAGAAACUGAUAACAUUAUGCGAUCAGCAUUAAAAACUUUAAAUGUUGGAAAAAAAAUUAAUGAUACAACCAUUAAUAUAACAACAGAAGAUUCAAAUAAACUAUCAAACAUAGCAGCAAGCGGGUUGAUAGAUUGGUCGAAUUCAUCUAUAGAAGAUGCUAUCAUUAAAGCAAAUUGUAUUAUACCAAAAGACGCAGAUAGUAUUACUAGAGCUCUACUCCUCCAACAAUGUUUCUAUCCUAACUUCAAUAAUAAAGAUGCUUUUAUAAUCAAGGAAACACGAUGCUUUGAUGGACUCGGUUGUUUUCCUAUGGAUUACCCAUGGUCUUCUGUUUUAAGACCGUUACCCAUGCCUAUGACACCUGAUGAAGUAGGAACUAAAUUAUAUUUGUACACAAGAAAUCAGCCGGGGCGAUACAAUGUAAGUAUCUGGCCUGAAAUAUCUUUAGACGGAUCCGACUUUGAUUCAAAAAGGCCUUAUACAGUAUUCAACGCNAAAAGGCCUUAUACAGUAUUCAUGACGCAUGGAUAUAUACACAAUGGUAACGAGUCAUGGCUUCUUGAUCUCAAAGAUGCAUACUUAAAACAACGUGAUGCAAAUGUAUUUUUAGUCGAUUGGGGUAAGGGAUCGUUUAGUCUUAACUACUUGCAAGUGGCCUCCAAUACUAGAAUUGUUGGCGCAGAGUUGGCCAGAUUUGGAAAAUACUUGGCUAAACAACAUGGGCUAGAUCCUUCAAAAAUUCACUUGAUGGGACACAGUUUAGGAGCUCACAUAACUUCUUACUUUGCAAAGAACUUUCCUGGUGUUGGUAGAAUAACUGGUUUUGACCCGGCUCAGCCUGGUUUUGAAGGAUGUCCAAAAGAAGUUAGAUUAGAUAAGAGUGAUGCUGAACUUGUAGAUGUAAUUCAUACUAGUAGUCGUCCAUUUAUUCCAUUUUUAGGGUUUGGUUUCAUAGAACCAAUUGGUCAUGUGGACUUAUACAUGAAUGGAGGAGGAUUCCAACCAGGAUGCGUUAUACCCCCUUUUGAACGGGUCAAAUUAAAAAACAUUGCAGAUUUCGCUAUUGUUCCUAUUAGUGUUUUAGGAGAAUGGAUUGCCUGUUCACAUGGAAGAUCUUUUCUUUAUUAUACUGAAGCGGUGCUGUCCAACGAACAAUGUACGGUUUGGGGACAUAGAAUUAAUCUUAUAACUGGCAUUCUAGAAGCUAUAACAAAUGGACAUUUGCAUGUGUCUGCGUUAAAAAAUUGUUCUCUGGAUGACUGUAUUCCUUUAGGCUUAGGAGUCGAUGAAUAUCCAGCCAGAGGCAUAUUCAGUGCCUCUACUAAUAGAUUUACACCUUUCUGCAGUGUACAAAACGAAACCGAUAAUAUAAUGAGAAAUGCAUUAAAAAAUUCAAGAGACCUAAUUACAUUAAAUGGAAAUGGACCGGACAGUAACAAGAGAGAAGGUAUCAAUGUAUAGUAAAAACCACUAACGCAUCGCAAAACAUUUAAAUCUAAAAAAGUUGACAUGAAGAAUUAACCCUUUGUUUCAAUUAAUUCUUUGAUAAUUAUUUUACUUUUACUUUUUUAGCAUGAUAAUUUUAAUGUCAUCAAAUAUUACUUAAAUUUCUAAUUAUUUGUAUUUAAGAUUUUUUCUUUGUUCAUUUUAUAGUAAUUUCAUGUGUAAUAAAAUGAUCAAAUCAUUA